AUGCAAAAAAGCGGGUGGUCAGAGAAUGAUGUAUUAGCAAAAGCGCAUGAAUUAUAUUCAAGUGGUAAGAGUGGACAUUUCAUUUUAAUGUCAGAAUGGCUCGCUCUCCGUGAUCAACCACAUUAUGGUAGUCAGGUAGGAAGAAAUAGUGGAUCUGUAGGUAGUGGAUCUAAGAGAGCCCACGAGAGUGAUGCAAGUGAUUCCAACUUCGUAGAAUCUAGUGCUCGCCCAAUGGGGAGGGAUGCAGCAAAAAAAAAGGCCUUGAGGAAAGAGGAAGCUAACCAAUUGUUGAAAGAAAGUACCGAGGCUAAGAAGAUGAAGAUGUUUAUGAAGCUAAGUUCAAAGGAGCAUCUUGAUGACCGAAGCAAAGAGUUGUUGGAAAAGUUGGGCCGCGAUCUGUUUGGAAAUUAA